AAAUUUGUUCCUCUACAACAGUGUUUUGCAGACUGUUUCACACUGUGAUUCUAGGGCUGUGGGGGAAUGAGUUGGGGUGCAGGGAUGGCUGAGGAGAGAACUGGAGGAAUUGAUUUCAGGCUACACGUUUUAAAAAUUGAAAGUGCUUAUGGUCUCUCUGGGAUUUUAAUGGCAGUAAUGAGGCAUCAAAGCUUACCCAGUUAGAACAUACUCACCAUUAAAAAGUUGCUAUGAGCUACUUUCCCUCCAACCUCAAGGUAUGCUGCAGCUAUUCAGUGAACUCCUUCACCCUGGCACCAGGGAAGCAGCACUACCCUGGAUUCAUGUUCGCAACGACAGAACCAUCUGUCUACUCCUCCAUCAAAUCUUCCAUCACUAUUCCCCGUUGAGGUGACCCAAUCAUAUCCUAUGAGCGUGAGAUCCCCUUAACAAACCACCUUUUAGCUCAGCAUUCAGCCCUGAAUACUGCCUCAGGAGUCAGAUGCAUUCGGGCGAAGCCUGCACGAUAUGAUACUCCUUGACUGCCUGUGGUCUUCCAUUUCCUUGCUCCUUGCAUAAUCUUCAGCAGUGGGCUGGCCACAUCCAUAAAUGAGCUUUACAACAAAGCUCUCAGAGCUGCAGCUCGAAUCUGAAACCCAGAGCUCGAGCUACUGCAGAUGAUGACAUUAAGAAGUAAAUGCUCCACUCUGGAUCUCAGAAUUCAUCCUCCCUGUCUGCCCAAACAUUCACAAGCCGAGAACCAGCCUAUUGUGUCAUAUAAAGACCCAUGGAAGAAACUCACAACCCUGAGUAGAUGCCACCCAUAAUUUGAGAAACCACUGAAGAUAAUAUGUGACUGGAUGUAAGUGCCAUUGGAUUUGCCUGACUGUGUGCUCUGGUGGUUUCUGGAUCGGUGGGUUGUUAUGUGAGUGGGUUGAAAGUUAGCAGGAACGUAUAGUAUGGAGAUAGGGCUGCGUGUUCAGAAUGGGAUUGCCGAAUAAAAGGGACGGUAUUUUCUCUGUGAUAUUUGGAAUGAGUUUGUUCCGAUAGUGCCUGUUUACUGUCACACAGAUCGCGUCUUUAUUUUGUGUGUUUAUUAAACAAUGACGUAAGCGCAUUGACAGUAUUGUGUGAAUAUGUUAAGUGACUGACUGAUCACCACAGUAAGCAAAUUGCAAAACAGAACUUAUGGUAUAUCAAUCUAGGUUCCCCUCGAGCGUUCGGUUUGCCCAGUACUGCUAUCAGCUGGGAUUGUGGUAGGUAGUGAACCGGUCUAAGUUAGUAUGUCCUAGUGACUGUAUCUAUUAGUGUCGUAGUGUGUGUACCUUAAUGUGUUAGUGAGUGUAUAUAUGAGUGUGUUAGUGAGUGUGCGGCAGUAGUUGUGUUAGUGAGUGUAGGUUUUAAAGUGUUACUGAGUGUAUGUUAACAUAUUUAAGUUCUGUGUAAAUUCUUCUGGUGAUAUUUAUUGACAUUGUCUGGAGAGGCUUGAGGGUAAAUAACUUUAUUUUGUGCUUGAUCUAAAAACAAAACAAUAUCAGAGAAACAUAGAAAGGUGGUAAUGAGCGGAAGGAAAAUGUUUGGAUGAUUAAAAGGCUGAUUAUUGAACUGUCAUAUCAUCUGCGGCUGGAGCCGCCAGUAUAUCCAUUCCGCCCAAAGUUCCAUUUUAUCUUUCAGAUUUGAAAACAUUUCCAACCAUUUAGAGUGGGAUUGACACAGUGUGUCCAAAUGGAAUAGAGUCUGUUCUUGGGAGACUCUGGGAGGCUGCAGAAGUGGGGCGAAUGAUUCCCAAGGAUUUUGAUAGAAUCCCUCGUGUUUUGGGGCACAUUCCGUCUGUUGUGACGAUAUGCCGCAGACCGUGUAAGCUCCGGUUUCAAGGGAGCCAGGCCGGCCCCGGUUUGCUCAGAGCUCUCUGUCUCUCUCUCUCUCUGCUGGUACAUGUCAGAUUUGAGUCAGGAGUCACGCUGCGAGCGCAUGCGUAUCGCGGGAGCCAACUCUCUCCGCCUCGAUCUUUUUUAAAAAAAACCCUCCAAUCCCUCUCGCCGCUCACUUUAAAACAGCACAACUUCCCGCUGCGCUUUUAUACCAGGAGCCUGGUCUGUUUUGAUCCCUUUGUGCUACAAAGAUUAAGGCAAUGAUACAGGGCAGCAGGAUAAGAUAUGGGGCAGACAGGUUGUUCCAAAUCCAGUUUUUUCCAGUCCCAGGUUUUAGGGAACGGUUUUGAUGGAGCGUGCCGCUGGUAGGAGCCUCCCAGCUCUGAGUUCCAGCAGAACAUGAUGGCAAUGUCAAGGUUCACUGGCUAUUCUCUCCCAGAUGUUUACCCCAGGGAGGGGGGUGCCGAGCACAGCGUGACAGCGUCCCCUCUGCACUUGGGCCAUUCAGUAAAGCUCAGUCCCUCUGCCAGUCUGUCCUCAGAGUACCCCGGGAGUGCAGUGCCACCCUGUGUCACUUACCCAGCCCCCUAUGGCCCCUAUCCGGGGCUCGGGGCUCCAGCGUUAGGGGGUAGCAGGGAGUUGUUGGGAAGGCGGGAUUUCCCAGCGGCUCCGCACUGCUCCGGCCCGCCUCGGCACAGCGUCUUCCUCCCGGCCACAAGAGGUUACCACUCCCGCAGCGGGCACCGGGACAGUGGCGGGGCCGAGCAGAGGUUCCGGGGCACCUUGGCCACACGGACUGGCAGUGAGCAGAUGCCCCUGGGGAUAGCAGGGGGACUCCUAAACCCCUCAAGGUACUGUCACCAGGUGACAGCGCCCGGGGCUGAUCACUAUCUCACCUCCCUCCUUCAAACUUACAGCCCGAUUCACCUGAACCCCGCCUCCGGGUGCACCCACGGCAGCACCGGGCCGUUUUGUAAAUACCUGAAAGAAGCCAUCAAGCAGGAGCUGGUGUGUAAGUGGGUUAACCAGGGGGCAGCAGCCAGGAAUAGCUGCCCCACAACCUUUAGCGAGCUGCAAGAGUUAGUCUCCCACUUGACAGUGGAACAUCUUGGGGGCAGCGAGCAGUUACCUUAUGUCUGUUUGUGGGAGAACUGCCCCAGGGAGGGCAAGGCUUUCAAAGCGAAGUACAAGCUGGUGAACCACCUGCGGGUCCACACCGGCGAGAAACCCUUCCCUUGCCCCUUCGCCGGCUGCGGGAAGCUGUUUGCCCGAUCGGAGAAUCUGAAGAUCCACAAGCGGACCCACACAGGGGAGAAGCCGUUCAGGUGUGAGUUCCAGGGAUGUGACAGGAGUUUCGCCAACAGCAGCGAUCGGAAGAAACAUUCCCACGUGCACACAAGUGACAAGCCGUAUCGCUGUAAAGUUACAGACUGUGACAAAUCUUACACUCACCCAAGUUCGCUUCGCAAACACAUGAAACUGCAUUGCAAGGCAAGUCUGCCCACGGCGUGCGGAGGGUCAUAUUCGGACACAGAGAGGGAGUCCCGAACAGGGGCACAGGCUAGCUCCCUGCACUGCUCCCGCCCCGGGGACAUGGCUCGCCCGGCGUCUCCCGGCAAAUUAUCUCCAUCUGCCGGGACUGGGUUUGAGGACAGCGCCGGUCAGCCCGCCACCGACACAAGGCCUGGCGUUUGUCUAGCGCCGGUACGCCCAGACAGAGCCCGGGAGAGGGUUGCUCAGGUACCAGCAGCACCAGCCCAAUCUGCCAACCCCUGUGCCAACGGGACUGACACUACCUUCAUCAAACCGCCCCCCGGUAUAGCCCGAUGUAUCAGCAGCGGCCAGCUAACCCCAGCUCAGGCUGACCCGGCAGUGGAGCCCCUGGCUUUAGUCUCAAGCUGCCUGCACAGCGCUAACUGGCCGGAGACUGCACUGAAUUCACCGCUUUCGCCUCGCUCUGAUUUCACGGUGGACUCCAUGCCAACCAUCCGAGCCGCUGCAUCUCCCUCACAGCGACCUGAAGGCAGGGCCAGUGCACCCCGGCUCGGGGCUAGUCGGCGGGCCGGCCUCGAGGGGCAGGCUCCAGCCGGGCCCCUCCUUAACGCCUGGUACACCUGUCAGCGGAGGAACAGCAGCAGCAACUUCACCGGGACACCGGGCCACGCGUGUGCUGCUGCUGCUGCUGCUGCUGAGCAGACCGAGCUGGCUGUCACACUGCUCAAGUACACAGAGAGCUGACCAGAUCCAUCAUGAGCUCCAACAACAGACUGCAGCGGCACUGCACUCGGACAGAACACUCGGGCAAUACAAUUACAGCGAAAGUUCCGAGCUUGCAAGAUUUACCGAGUUUCUCCAGUGCACAGUUUCACGUCAGAAAUUCCGAAUUGCGGCGAAGUGACAUUAUGAGUUUACAUUUGGAAACAAGGGCACUCUGACAAUGUAGCGAUGUAAAUGUGUAACUACCUGAAAACAGCGUGGUGUAUGUCCUCGGCUGGAUUGGAGCAAAGAUCAAUUAUUUCUUAAUUUCCGUCAACUGUAUAAACUCGUGUGGAAUAAUAAAUGUGCUGGGAGAAUUCAUUCGAAGUGAUUGUUUAA